AUGGUCUCCAUCUCCGAAAAGACCCCGACCUCGCGCGUCGCAAAGGCAGUAUGCACAGUAACUUUUUCCUCCGCGACGGCCCUCCGCCUCGUACGCGCGAGCCAGAUGAAGAAGGGCGACGUGCUAGGCGUGGCGCGCAUAGCGGGCAUCAUGGCCGCGAAGCGCACCCCGGACGUGAUACCGCUGUGCCACCCGAUUCUGCUCUCCCACGUCGGCGUCGAGCUGGAGCCCGCGUCCGAGGCAGACGACGAGACGGUGUUGAACGUCGAGGCGACGGUUACGUGCGACGGCAAGACCGGGGUCGAAAUGGAGGCCAUGACGGCUGCCUCGGCGGCCGCGUUGACCGUGUAUGAUAUGUGCAAGGCCGUGGAUAAGGGGAUGGUGAUUGGGGGGUUGAGGGUUGUCUUGAAGGAUGGCGGGAAGAGCGGGCGGUGGGAGAUGCCGUGA